GUUUAGAUCAGGAAGGCAGGAAACGGAUUGAAAUCGUCGUUUCUAGAGAGAGAGAGAGAGAGAGAGAGAGAGAGAGAGAGAAGAGACGAUGUCGUACCUUCUACCUCACUUGCAUUCCGGGUGGGCUGUCGAUCAGGCGAUUCUAGCCGAGGAAGAGCGUCUCGUGGUCAUACGUUUCGGCCAUGAUUGGGAUGAAACCUGUAUGCAGAUGGAUGAGGUGUUGGCAUCAGUUGCUGAGACGAUCAAGAACUUUGCGGUGAUAUAUCUGGUGGACAUAAGUGAGGUUCCAGACUUCAACACCAUGUACGAGCUCUACGAUCCAUCGACGGUCAUGUUCUUCUUCAGGAACAAACACAUUAUGAUCGAUCUCGGAACUGGUAACAACAACAAGAUCAAUUGGGCUAUGAAGGACAAGCAGGAGUUUAUUGAUAUCAUUGAGACCGUCUUCCGUGGUGCAAGGAAAGGUCGUGGGCUCGUGAUUGCUCCUAAAGAUUACUCUACCAAAUACCGCUACUAACCCCAACACAUUGGAGUUUGUUUCAGAAAAACAUUGGAUCAAAAAACUCUUUCAUGUUGAGUGGUUAUGGUCAGUUGAAAUAUCCUAUGAACUUGUUGCAUACAUAUGCUUUGAUGAUUUGUGAUUCCUUCUUGCUUACUCUUUUCGGCUGUUUGCCAUUUAUGUAUUGCAGUAUCUUCGAACAUGAAUCACUGAAAUGAAUGAGUUUAUGUUUAACCUGUA